ACUGACUGUUAGAACAUGCCAGGCACCACUUGGAGACCUGAGGGAGGAGGACUGCUGUUUUCCCAGUUUGCAGACGAGGAAGAUGAGUUCUCGGGUGGGAACGUCACUUGCCUGAGGCACAAGGACGAGACGGUCGUGUGCUCCAGCCGGGCCACUGUGAUGCUCUACGAUGACGGCAACAAGCGAUGGCUCCCGGCUGGCACGGGUCCCCAGGCCUUCAGCCGCGUCCAGAUCUACCACAACCCCACGGCCAACUCCUUCCGGGUUGUCGGUUGGAAGAUGCAGCCUGACCAGCAGGUGGUCAUCAACUGUGCCAUCGUCCGGGGUGUCAAGUACAACCAGGCCACCCCCAACUUCCAUCAGUGGCGUGACGCCCGCCAGGUCUGGGGCCUCAACUUUGGCAGCAAAGAGGACGCCGCCCAGUUUGCAGCCGGAAUGGCCAGUGCCCUAGAGGCGCUGGAAGGAGGUGGGCCGCCUCCAGCCCCAGCACCCCCUGCCUGGGGGGUCCAGAAUGGCCCCUCCCCAGAGGAGAUGGAGCAACAGAAAAGGCAGCAGCCCUGUCAGCCAGAGUACAUGGAGCGUGAACGCCGGGUCUCCAAUGCAGGAGGACCCCCUGCUCCCCCUGCUGGGGGUCCCCCCCCACCUCCAGGACCUCCUCCUCCUCCAGGUCCACCCCCACCCCCAGGUCUGCCCCCCUCAGGGGUCUCAGCUGCAGGGCAUGGAGCUGGGGGAGGCCCGCCUCCUGCACCCCCUCUCCCCACAGCACAGGGCCCCAGUGGUGGGGGUACAGGGGCCCCCGGCCUGGCCGCAGCCAUUGCUGGAGCCAAACUCAGGAAAGUGAGCAAGCAAGAAGAGGCCUCAGGGGGGCCCUUGGCCCCCAAAGCUGAGAGCGGUCGAAGCACAGGAGGAGGGCUCAUGGAAGAGAUGAACGCCAUGCUGGCCCGGAGAAGGAAAGCCACACUGGUUGGGGAGAAACCCCCAAAGGAUGAGUCUGCCAAUCAGGAGGAGCCAGAGGCCAGAGUCCCAGCCCCGAGUGAAUCUGUGCGGAGACCCUGGGAGAAGAACAGCACAACCUUGCCAAGGAUGAAGUCAUCCUCUUCAGUGACCACUUCCGAGGCACACCCCUCUACGCCCAGCUCGAGUGAUGAGUCAGACCUGGAGAGGGUGAAGCAGGAACUUCUGGAAGAGGUGAGGAAGGAAUUGCAGAAAGUGAAAGAGGAAAUCAUUGAAGCCUUUGUCCAGGAGCUAAGAAAGCGGGGCUCCCCGUGACCACAGGGACCCAGAAGACUCGUGUCUCCUUUCCGCACACCCCGCCUGUCACCCUGCUUUCCCUGCCUCGACUUUACUUGGAAUUGGCUGAAGACUACACAGGAAUGCAUCAUCCCCACUCCCUAUCCCACUUGGAAAAUUCCAAGGGGGUGUGGCUUCCCUGGCACCAAGCCCACACCCAUACUGGCUGCUGAUUGGCUGGGGAGGCCCCCACCCUUUGCUCCCUUUGGUCCUUCUCCUCUGCCAUCCCCUUGGGGCUGGUUCCUCUGCUGGGGAUGUAACAGUUAGCCCCACAGUUAGGGGAAGGAAGGAGGGAGUUUCACAUUCCCUUGUUCUAGAUUCACUUUAACUCUUAAUUCCUUCAGAUUUUUGGUUGUUUUUUUUUUUUUUUUUUUUUUAA